CCUCUCCUUCUUUAGUCUCCGAACCAAACUGGACGACGCAGAGAGUUCACAGAUCCAUAGAAACAAACAACACUUAUUCUUAUAAAUCCUCUCACCGUGGCUCCCUCAGCUCCACAAGCCCCUUCUCGAAGGAAACCCUCUUCUUCUUCUCCUUCUUCUUCUUCUUCUUCUUCAUCGCAAUCCUCUUCGUUUACUCCUAAGAGAAUCGUGUAUAGAGAGCCGAUACCUUUCUGGCAGCAGAACUGGUUCAUUGGAUUGCUUUUCGCCAUGGCUCUCGCCUUUUUUGCUAUCUCAAUCUUCCUCUUCCUCAACCUGGAUCUCGAACAGGGCUCCUUUUCUUCUGCCUCCGCCGCUUCCUCCUCCUCUGAAGGCCUCGAGAUUACAUAUGGAACCGUUCUCAAGCUGAUGCAUGAGAGGACAAAAUUUCGGCUUCAUUCCCAUGAUGUGCCAUAUGGCUCUGGCAGUGGGCAGCAAUCUGUUACGGGAUUUCCUAUUGUUGAUGAUUCCAAUAGUUACUGGGUUGUUAGGCCUCAACCAGGUACAGAUGCGAAACAAGGUGAGACCAUCAAAACUGGGACAAUCAUCCGCCUGCAACACAUGAGGACUAGAAAAUGGCUGCACAGCCAUUUGCAUUUAUCACCAAUAUCCGGCAACCUGGAGGUUAGCUGCUUUGGAGGAGAGACUGAAUCUGACACUGGGGAUUACUGGAGGCUUCUGAUUGAAGGGAGUGGGAAGACUUGGAAGCAAGAUCAAAGGAUUCGGCUGCAACAUGUUGACACUGGUGGCUACCUUCACAGUCAUGACAAGAAAUACCAACGGAUAGCUGGGGGGCAGCAAGAGGUUUGUGGUGUCCGUGAAAAGCGAGCUGAUAAUGUUUGGCUGGCAGCAGAAGGUGUGUACCUCCCCAUUACCCAGAGCAAGUAGAAGUAGAACACGGUUAUACCAAAGGGAUUUACAUUGUAAAAACAGGUACCUGUUAUUACUUGUUAUAAUAGCUGUAGAUGCUCUAUGAAAUGAAGAAAUAUUUCUCAGAGACUAGAAUGUAACACCUUGAAUUAUUGUUUCUUUCUCAUGCACCACAUGCAAAUCUCAUUUAACUUAAGAAAAUACCACUUUGGAUUAA